CUCAAAACCCGGAUAACCGGAGCGCUCCCCAUGGACCACACGGCGGGCUCGCCCGUGGAGGAGCCGCCUGCGCAUGCUCCAUCGCUUGGUCAUUGAAAUUAUGAGACUAUCAUUCAAAUGGAAGCAUUAUAGUUCUUCGGGACCAUUAUGAUCUCAAAAGGAAAGGAGAAUGAUACUGAUACACGGGCUGAGGUGUUUUGAGGUGCAUCGAACUGUCCCAAGCUGUGAUUUACCUUAACAUGUUCUUGAAGUACCAUGGCGUGGAUUAAAAGAAAAUUUGGUGAGCGGCCUCCACCUAAACGACUAACUAGGGAAGCUAUGCGGAAUUAUCUCAAAGAGCGAGGGGAUCAAACAGUACUUAUUCUUCAUGCAAAAGUUGCACAGAAGUCAUAUGGAAAUGAAAAAAGGUUUUUUUGCCCGCCUCCUUGUGUGUAUCUUAUGGGCAGUGGAUGGAAGAAAAAAAAAGAACAAAUGGAGCGCGAUGGUUGUUCUGAACAAGAGUCUCAACCAUGUGCAUUUAUUGGAAUAGGAAAUAGUGACCAAGAAAUGCAGCAGUUGAACUUGGAAGGAAAGAACUAUUGCACGGCCAAAACGUUGUACAUAUCCGACUCAGACAAGAGGAAGCACUUCAUGCUGUCUGUGAAGAUGUUUUACGGCAACAGUGACGACAUUGGUGUGUUCCUCAGCAAGCGGAUAAAAGUCAUCUCCAAGCCUUCCAAAAAGAAGCAGUCACUGAAAAAUGCUGACUUAUGCAUUGCCUCUGGAACAAAGGUGGCUCUGUUUAAUCGACUUCGAUCCCAGACAGUCAGUACCAGAUACUUGCAUGUAGAAGGAGGUAAUUUCCAUGCCAGUUCUCAGCAGUGGGGAGCAUUUUACAUUCAUCUCUUGGAUGAUGAUGAAUCAGAAGGAGAAGAAUUCACGGUUCGCGAUGGCUACAUCCAUUAUGGACAGACGGUCAAACUUGUGUGUUCGGUUACCGGCAUGGCACUCCCGAGAUUGAUAAUUAGGAAAGUUGAUAAGCAGACCGCAUUGCUGGAUGCGGAUGAUCCUGUGUCACAGCUCCACAAAUGUGCAUUUUACCUUAAGGAUACGGAAAGAAUGUACUUGUGCCUUUCUCAAGAAAGAAUAAUCCAAUUUCAGGCCACUCCAUGCCCAAAAGAACCAAAUAAAGAGAUGAUAAAUGAUGGGGCUUCCUGGACAAUCAUUAGCACGGAUAAGGCAGAGUAUACAUUCUACGAGGGGAUGGGCCCCGUCUUAGCCCCUGUCACACCUGUGCCUGUCGUAGAAAGUCUUCAGUUGAAUGGCGGUGGGGACGUAGCAAUGCUUGAACUUACAGGACAGAAUUUCACUCCAAAUUUACGAGUGUGGUUUGGGGAUGUAGAAGCUGAAACUAUGUACAGAUGUGGAGAGAGCAUGCUCUGUGUUGUCCCAGACAUUUCUGCAUUCCGAGAAGGUUGGAGAUGGGUCCGGCAGCCAGUCCAGGUUCCAGUAACUUUGGUCCGAAAUGAUGGAAUCAUUUAUUCCACCAGCCUUACCUUUACCUACACACCAGAACCAGGGCCACGGCCACACUGCAGUGCAGCGGGAGCAAUUCUUCGAGCCAAUUCAAGCCAAGUGCCCCCUAAUGAAUCAAACACAAACAGCGAGGGAAGUUACACAAGUGUCAGCACAAAUUCAACCAGUGUCACAUCGUCUACAGCAACAGUGGUGUCCUAACCACCGUUUUGUUGCUAGGACUUAAACUGACUUUGAGUGCUGCAAAAUGUUGACAAAAAAGAGAGGUAAAAAAGGAACAAUCUUUGGUGGUUUCUUGGGAAAACUUUUCAUACCAGGCCAGGUUAUAUUAUUCAAAAACCCCAUUACCCACAAGUGCUGAUUUGAAGUUCAGAAGCCACAGUAAAACAAAACAAAGCAUCAAAAUGUACAAACUAUUGGAAAUCGAUUUUCUUCAGCUGUUAUUUUUGGUUGGGCUUUGUUUGGUUUUGUUUAAAUGGGCAAGAAAUAGAGAUGUGGCUGGAAUAAAAGUUAAUCAAAUCUAACAUAGUUUUUAUGGACCAAGGAACUUGUAUAAGCUUUAGUAAAAGGUACAUUUUCACCAUGCCUUUUUUUAUAUCACCAUAUAUAGUACAUCUUUGUUACCAAAUAGGUUGUUUUUCUCCCCGCCCCCCCUUGAGCUUUUGUUCUUAAUUCAUUCAGGUUCCAAGCCUGACCAUGCUGUUUAAUCUAAUUACCAUACCCUUCUAGGAUUUUUUGGUCUAAGGCUGGAACUGUUCUUUUUAUUUUUUAUUUUUUUUAAAGCUGAAGUCUUACGACUUUUCAUAAAUUGAAAUUGUCUUGAUUUCAGCAAAUCAAAUCUUGUAAAGGCCUGCAUACUUUUUUUUUAAAGAUUAUAUGAAGUCUGUGCAAAAGCUUUAAAAAAAUGCCUCUGCCUUGCCUGCGAUACGUGUAAUGUACAUUAACUUAGUCUCUGUUCUCAGACACUUGGCAGUUAUUUCCAUGUUUUUUUAAAAAAUGUAUUUAUAGUGGUGAGCCAAGCGAUUCUAACAUUCACAUGAAAUUAAAUGUGGCCAUUUAGUCAUGAAUGAGUUAAUGGCACAGAACCUGUUGGUAUUUGAAGUGUUCUCCCCCCUUUUCCCACACAUAAAUGUAUCUACAUGUUCCAGGAUUUGUUCAGGUUUUUUCCCUUCCUGAUCUUGUACAUAACUUGUAUUAUGUGUAAGUUAAACAUUUUAUUUUGAAUUUGUAAUGUUCCCAGUGAUUUCAUUUAGUAGGGUGUUUUCUGCCUCGUUAGCAUAUGACACAAAAAUAUCAUAGAAGUAUUUGCUACCAGGUGGUAGAUGGUGCCCGUAUUGUAUAAUGAGGAAAAUCUCAGCAAAAGCAUGUUUUUAUUUACUUUUUUUUUUUUUUGGUAGCCUAGGCCAAGACAUCAUUGUAACCUUAAAACAAGAUGCUCUUAUUAGAUGGUCAACUAAAAUAGCUGGAAACAGUACUUUAGAAGCAGAUAGUUGUGAGAUUAUACAAAUGCAAAUGUAACUUAUCUUUCCAUUUCUUCCCUGCCUUUUUUGGUCUUCUCUUCCCCAGUACUGAGCGUCUCCAAAAAUGUCUCCUACUCAGCAAACUCAGCAUUUCUUUUCCGUUCAGUUAAGAUUUGGUUGCAUUCAGGGUUGUGUGUUGGCCUUGCAUGCUAAGCUCGCCCGUUUUCACAUUGCUUCCAUUCCUGCACUUUGGUUAUGCCUUUGUUCGGUUUCUUAGAAACUACAGCAGACUCAUCAGGCUACAUUUAGUACAGGAGCCACGUGUGUAAUGUUAUAGGAUUCAGUCUUGUAAUACAUUCAUCCUCCUUAGAGUAAAAACUACCUCUAGAUUGUGGUAAGCUUUUACUGUCCCAUAAAACAGGAGCCACAAGUACCUUAUGAAUGCAAAACUGUAACUUCCUGCAGUGUUUCCAUACCAUACUUUGUCUUUCUGGUGUCCUGGGCUAUUUGGAAGUUUCUAUUGGUAGACUUUUUAAACAUCGCUGUUAGUAGCAUUUUUUUUUUCAGCUUUGCUAUCUUCAUCACUCAUAUUUUUGCUCAGACUUUGCCAUUGUAAAUACAAUUCCUAACGUCUUUAAAUCGCUUUUUCCUCAGUUUUCAAGGGGGAAGUCAUUUGUAAACACAUUAGUGGUUGAAUCAAAGUUAUUGUGGUUUCUCUUACUGUAAGCCUUUUUAAUUACUCACAGGCUGCUUUAUACUAUAUAUAGCCUUCUUUCUUCAAAUCUGCUCCAGUCACUAGCUUCUCUCUUGUAAGCUAAUCCAGCCUCACACUUUCGAUCUGUUUCACUGAUCAAGGGCAGAAUUCAUUGUGGCCUUAUCUUUCUUUGUGUUCACUGUUUACUGGCUGUUUCUUACAAACUUGCUUAAUUCUGAGUAGUAUUUAUUCUCUCUGUUGAGUCAUACAAGAAGCCUUUACACAGUGCUUUUUGUUCAGAGUGUGGAAAUGUUUUUAGUGCUGCUUUGUUUUUAAUGGGCCACAAGUUCCUUCCACUUCCCAGGUUUGGCAUUUAGUUACAGAAUUAUAUUAAAUUAAGUGAUAACAGAUGAGAUGCUUUUUGAAGAACAAACUAUUCCUUACCCAGCUUUGCAGCACAAAAUAAUUUUUCAAGUUUAUGGCUUUAUUAAAAUGAUCUCUUUUUUACUGUUUAAAUAUAGCUUAUCUUGACUCUGUUUCUUCGAAUAAGAUAAUUGAAAUAUUGAACUGUAAACUCUUCCCUGUUUGUUUUUCUGAAAAGUCCAAGAAUGUACUUAUAUAGGCAUUCCCCCCUGCUAUUUUUUUGCCGUCUGCAUACCACAAACUAAAGACUGAAAUGAUUUGUCCAUUGGUAGCUUAUGGUUUCAUCAGUUGUUCUUUUGACAGCUGCCUAAAAAGAAUUUUUUUAAUGGAUUUGUAAUCAUUUUCAGCCUGUCGUUCAUAGGAGCCUUGUCCUCCAGUUAUAGUAGAAGAUGGCCCCUCCCCCAAUGGCGGCAUCAUUAGAGAUGCCGGUGGUUUCCCUCGUCAAGACUCCUAGAAUCAUAACCGUGACAGUUCAAGUAUAGUACAUUUGAGGUCUUGUUUGGUUUUAAUUCCGUUUUAGACGUGUACCUUAUGCUGUCAUGAUUCUGUGCAAUUUCUAAAAAUGCGCAUAGAAGCUGAGUCUGUGAUCUAAUGUUUUUAAUAGUUCCAUUGAAUUGAUCUCAGAGAUUGGGAAGGCAAGCUAAAUGCUUUAAAUGUAAAAUGCCCUUUUUAUUUUGAAUAACUUCAGCGUUGAACACUAGUAUAAUAUUUAACCUGCUGCUGACUCUUAUUGAACUGUGGCAACUCAAGGCAUCGUCAUCUAUAUAUUAAUUCAUGAAAUAUUUGUCACUCUUACUGCACAGACUUAUUUGCAGUUAUAGCUGGUUAGUUUUUUGUUUGUUUUUCUAAGGAAACUGGUACCAUCUGUGCCCUCACAGAACAUUUCCAAUGCAGUUUUUGAGAACUAUAACUAACUAGUCAUGUUUAACUAGGUAGCCCAUGGUGGGGAGGGAGUUUGGUGUUCCUUUCUGAAGUAAAAUACUAUUCAAUUAUUAACCGAGUUACUUUUGAUUUCAAAAGCAGCUGUGUUUCUGAUGAGUACUGAACAAAUGUGUGUAAUUUUCUGUGCCAGACUUUUGACUUUGUUUUCAAGCACUGUAAUGUAGGAUGGAAGGUAAAAACAGUAAUAUAUUAGGGUUUCUAUUUAACCCUUUCAGGACUGAACUGUAUCUCCUUGUAUUAAUUUCUCCCUGUGUUGUGCUAAAUGUUUGCCAGCAUUCAGUACUCUGUUGGUCCAGGUGUAGAUUUAUGUGCUCAUUUUAGCUUAUUUCUUGUACCUUGCAGCAUGCUCUACACAGUCAGUCCUUAAGGGGUUUAUUUUUACAAAACUGUGCGCCUGUAAGGUUUGUUAGCAAUAAGAUAGAAAAUUGAGCAAGUUUAUACAAUAAUUUUGUAGAAAAAAUGAAUCUGCUCAGUUCCAUAUUUCAUCCAUGAGAUACCUGCAAUAGGGGCAGUUUCAAGGAAUAAUAAAAAGGAAAUGUAAACCA